AUGUACGAUGUCGUUUUCGUGUUCAUCCUGCCUUUUGCGUUGAACCGCCAGGUUUUUGAUGAGAUAUCGACUCCAAGGAUGGCUUGGAGCAUCUUUAUCUCUGCUCGGAUGACGGUCCCCUAUCGAGGUGUUCGCCUUUAUACUGCUGGAACCGUCGCUGAAGACUUAGACCCUCGUCUUGGAGAUCCAAUACCACAGGCGGCGUUGUUUGCGACGAUUGUCACGAGGAUUCAGACUGCGGCCUGGGCGUCCCUUGUCUUGUGUAGCUUGCCGAUUUCCGUGGAUCGAGACUGA